UUGGUAUUUAAUCUUUAGGCUAUGCAGUAUUUUCCGUGACAUGCAGCUCUGUGGAACCUCUAGUAUCGGUAAUGCUAGGAGAAUGCUGAAAUAGAUAUUGCAUUUGUGACUCGGAAUCGUUGUUAAGAAAGAAGUUGAUUCUUGUGUAUUCUUCUUUCCGGGAAAGAAGUUCACUCUGCUUUCAGGAUUGAGUCGCAUGUCACUAUAAUUCUUUAGUGAAUCUAAUUGUGCACGAGAUGGAUGAGGUCCAAAUUGCACAUAAGAUGGAGGAGGCUGCUAAUCACAAGAGAAAUAAGGGGCAGUGGAAUUUGAAUGGGCGCCAUUGGCAUAUCGACAAAGCUGAAUACGGCCCAUAAUUUAUAUCUUCAAGUCAGAUUUGGAAUUUCGAAACUCCUUCUUUUGGUAGGCACAAAGAGGAGGGUACCAAGAGAGGCCAUAAUUUACAUCUGCAUGCUUCUCAGUUCUCAAGAUUUAAGAUCGGAUGCACACAGAAUGAUGCCGUAUGUUAUGGUUCCCGACAAAUUGAAUUCAAAUCCAUGCAGCCAAGGUUAUGCUGACCGGGAAAAUUCAUUUCCUGCCCUCUUAUCUGGGCCACAAUCACUGUCGCCAUGCGAUUUUCAGGAAUUUUUGAAUCCCAAACUGUUCUGUGCUACUGCUAAGCUUCCUGUUGACGGUGGUAAUGUCACUGCCAAUACUGUGGGAAGUGGAAUUUCAGUGAUUUCUGGUGGUUUGAUAUCUGAAAAUCCAAGCUACCGAAGCCUGGAAAAUGGAAUGAAUCGUUAUCCGGUUUUCUCGUCCAGUGCAAUGAUGAGUCCCGACUGUGGUAACAAUUCUGUUGGGUAUGAUGGUCUUUGUUCUGUGAACUCUAAUUUUCAAAAUUUAGACCUGGUUAAGGCAAUCAUCCAUCACGCCACUCCAACUGAAGGGAGGGUGAAUACAAUUUCUUCUUUGGUAGAUCAAUGGCAUGUUACAACUGCUUCGAGUGCUGUGAAGCACCGUAGUGGGAAGAUUCUAGGGUUGCAAAAACUGCCAUUGGAAGCAGAUCCUAUGUUUUCUCAUAAAUAUUCUCCUUUGACAGACGGGUGUCCUCGUGUUUAUUGCUUGAAUACAAGUGGAUAUCUGCUUCUCAGCAACACUGGUAUGCUAGGUAUUGUUUGCUCGUGCCAUUUUUUCCAAAUGUCUGUGUCCAACUUCUGUGAGCAUUCUGGUUUGCGGGAUGUCAGUCCUGGCAAUGUUGUCCGUAUGCACACUGGGGAGACCAUUGCUCGGUGGCGUAAACUCUACUUCCAGAAAUUUGGGAUUAGGGCUCCAGAAGAUCGGAGUGGAUGGGAAUGGCCCGAGGGAUUCUCGCUGACUGCUGGCUUGAUGAAAUCUGGUGAAAUCGUGCCAUAUAUUUCCAAGAAUUCUGACAGGGUUCAAGUAGUUGGUUCUUCUGGGGGUUUGAUGACGUCUGGACCGCAUUUAGACAAUGUUACAUUUCCAAAAAACAGUCACACAGACCAGAAUUUUAUUAUUGAUGCUUCGCAUGACAUGCAACGGAUAAAAGCUCUGGAUGAUAACAAAUUCCUUCUUAAAGGCUUCGGCAGCGCUUCCCCAAGCAAUUUGCAUUCAGAAGCACAUGUCCAGGUGAUGGAGUGCCCUGCCUCUUGGUGUUCCAUGAAGACAGAGUUUGUUGGUUCAGAUUCAAACAGAAAACGUCAAUUUACAUCUUCUCAAGGUGAUUCUGUAUUGAAAAUUGCGAAUUCAUCCAUCGUCGACCCAAUCCUUCAAAUUGCUGUUAAAAGUUCUCAUACUGGGAGACUUAUUCAUGCAAGGGAUGGUACUGCGACGGAUAGGGAUGCUGCUUCAAAUAUAGAGUUGAGGCUUGGGCAACCAUAUCAGCAGAAUCAGCCUUCAAGAAAUUCACUUCCAUCAUCAUUUGGGGCACAACAAUAUGAAGCAACUGUCGAUCCACAGAAAUCUCUCCCGCCAGGUCAAUUCAUUCAUAAUUCAAUUAAUUGCGGGGAUAGAGAGGAAUUUGGGAAGUAUCUACCCAGUUUUGCUGGCAUGUCUGAUAUAACCAUGAGAAGAGUACAAGUCCCCUCUGAUAUCUUGAAUAGUGAAAUUGGAACUAGUGAUGGUUUAGAUGCUACCAAACUAGAAAAAUUCGAAGGUUAUGUGGCUGUGAAUUCUGUGGUUCCAUUAUUUACUAAUCGUACUCCGCUUGAGGGAAGUAUGCUAUCCACAUUCCCAAAUGAUACAGUUGAUAAUGGUCAUCAUCGUAUUGCCAACACACUAUGUUAUGAUUCUCGUACUAUGAAGAGUGGUGUACUGAAUGUUCCCUGGCAUGGUGAUAGUGGCUUGGAGAGGCAAUUAAAUGCCAAUGUCUUCAAGAUAGGUUGCUUUAGACAUCCGGACAAAGUAAAGGGGGUGGACUAUGUUGCUGUUAGUUCUCAUGCUGCAACUAAUGUGGAUUCUAGAGUUAAUAGACAGAUGGGAAAUCCAAUGUCUCUCACUGGAGUUGCAGGUGGAAAAUGUUAUCCCAGCUUUUCAGUAGCACAUGCAGAGAACCAUUUUAAAAACUACUUCUCUCAUGUGCCACCAAAGGCUUCCGAACCCAUAACCUUUGCCAACCAUCCUGAGAAUGUUCCUUCUAUUGACAGUUGUGAACACAUUGAUCAUGGUUUCCUUGGUUCCAUGGGGUCACCCACGGGUUCUCGGAAAUUCUUGCCCUCUGAAAUAGUUGCUAGAGGAAAUGACUCAGAUGUUGGACUCACUCCAGCUGUGUCAAAACAAGGGAGUGCUGGUGUAUGCCCGUACAUGCUUGACGAAAAUAUGAGAUUGCUUGCAUUGGGGCAGAUUUUAAAGUUAUCCAGACAACAUCAUGUAAUAUCUUCCCUCGGAAUGGAUCAAGAGCAUGGGGGAGUUGGUAGCUCUUCUACUGUGGAAGUGGGGCAUUCUGUUACUCGGUCAGCCAGAGAACAAGAUGCACAUGUAUAUAAUAUUACCAGUGAACAGGAUGCACAUGUUUCCCCUAAACUAAUGCAGUUUAGUGCUACUGGUGGGAUGGAUGGUAAUUAUGAAUGUUGUAGAAACAAUAUGAGUCAAUCAAAAGAGAUUGGAAACUGCUGUAGUCGAGCACCAUGCAUGUAUUUGCAGAGUUGCAGAUAUGCUGCCCACAAAAAAUGUUAUGGAGGGAAUUGUGAUUCAAGCGUUGGAAGUUCAUAUGAUACCUACAAGGAACAUUUUGCAUAUGUCGGUGACAAAGCUUCUGUGCCAGUUGCUUCCAAAUUUGUUUGUGAACAUACUGUUUCAAGGGAAAAGGUUACUUACUUGGAUCAGAAUGGAAAAUCGGAUUUGCAACAACCUGAGAGCAAGAAUUCUCAUCCGCAGUGGAGAGAUGUGCCCAGUAAAGUGAAAAGAACUUGUGAGGUGACUGCCAUGGAAAAGUCAGCUGCUUUUUUAGGUGAAAAAGGAGAUAUCGACACUGAAGUAUGGGAUACUUCUGUAGUGUGUUCCAAAGAAGCUGCACCAUUAGCAGACUCCUUAAAGAAUCAAGAAGUUUCCUACUUUUCUUCUGAAUGUUCAGCCCCUGUUGUUCAUCAGGUGACAACUGAAGUCAAUAACAUGGAUUCUUCUGUUGUUGGUGAGGAAUCUGGAUGUGUUAACAGUUUUGUGGUCCGUGAGAGUUUGGUCAUUGACAAAUGUGGGUCAUCAUCUGAUGGUGCAUUUGAAAGUAAAAGAAGUGCUGAGUGCUAUUUCUCCAAUUGUAAGACGAAUCCAAAAAGAGAGGGCUCUGACAAAGUUCCUGGUAAUCAAUCAUCCCGUAGUCUAGUUGAUGAGCUUAAGCUUAUGGAUUCCUUAUUGUGGAAAAAAGGCCAAAAUGAAAUGCAUAUUGGAGUUAUCACUCAUAGGGAAAGCAAUAAUUUGCAAAAAAAUGAGGCAGCAUUGGAAUCUGGAAAGAAAAAGAGGCCAGAAAAACUGAAAAAUGUAGAUUCAUAUUUCUGUACAGCUGGUCUCCCUAAAGCUCAUGAUAGAUAUGACGGUUGUGCUGAAACUGCUGGCUCAUCUUCGUCUCUGUCUAUCAAUGCGCAAAUGCUCCCCAUACCGGGCGAAGAUAUGUUUGGUGCUUGUUCUGCUCAGCAUAAAUCCAAGCUUGGAAGGUCUUUCUCACCUUUGGUUAAAGCACACUCUCGUAAAAGAGAUCUGCUUAAUCUUUAUGAUGACAGAAACGAGGAUAAUGGUUACGAGAGACAGUUAGAUGGAAGGGUUGACUUUCAGGGAAUUUUUGAAGGUUCUGGCAAUAAAAAGUCCAGAAAUGAUGGGACUUGGGAUGCUUCAGGAUUGAUUUGGAAACAAUCAGCUGGUGGUGACAAAAAGGCAGCAAGCUAUCCAACAAGUGGUAAAACAGAAUCAUUUUGUCAAUCAGUUGAUGUGAAAUACAGGAAGGAGAUGCCAGUAGUAUGUGGGAAGUAUGGUGAAAUAUGUAGCCGAAGUCUGGCUACAACAUUGAAACCAGUCAAAAUUCUUUCCCUCAGCAGGAUCCUCAAAACUGCCAGAAAAUGUACACUUCCCACGAGCAGCACCUCUAGACUAACUUCUCUGGGGGAUUUGAAGAAGAGAAGCUUUACUAGAAGAAAUAGACGGUUUUAUGAACUCUCCAACGUUAAGAACGAUGAAGAAAUUGGAAAUCAUAAUUCCAUAGUUUCUGACAUGAGCCUUGAAGCUUCUGAAAAAGAAAGGGGAUGGGCAUGUACUUCUGGAGAUCGGCAAUUUAAUGACAAGUUCUUCACGGUGGAUGAAAAUCAAGAUGAUAAAAGCAAAAAAUAUUGUGAUGUUACAGACUCUCAGCCGAAGCCAAAAUGCAAGGAAAUUCGCAAGCGCAGCCUUUAUGAUCUGUCAUUAAGAGGAAAUGAUUCUAGUGAAAUAUCAUCGCAUAAAAAAGUUUCAUGUGCUUUCCGAAUAGAAAGGGACAAACAUUUGAAGAAUGCUGGAGAUAUAAAAAGCUGUCUAGUUGGAACAAGCAAAUUCAAAAUGAAAAGCAGAUCUGCUCAGGAGCACAAGCAUGUACCACUUAGGAAUUCUGAUGCAUUAUGCUGUGUCUGUGGAAGCUCAAGUGAAGACGAAGUUAAUUGCUUAGUGGAAUGUAGUCAAUGUUUGAUCAGAGUGCACCGGGCUUGUUAUGGUAUUUCCAGAAUACCUAAAAGCGGUUGGUGCUGCAGACCAUGCAGGACAAGUUCUGAAAAUAUUACAUGUGUUCUUUGUGGUUAUGGAGGUGGGGCAAUGACUCAAGCUGUGGGGAGUCGUGCAAUUGUUAAAAGCCUUUUGAAAGCUUGGAACAUUGAAACAGAACCUGUAAAGAGAAAUUGUUUUAAGGAAAUGUCGCAGGAAGGAGGAAACAUGUUUCAUUCGUCUGGAUAUUUAGUUGAAAUUGAUUCAUAUCCGGUUUUAAGGCUGGUGGAUAUUGAGCCAGCAACCACAACUUUGCGGAAUAUAGAUAUGCAGAAACAAUUGGAUAUUGUGCAGAAUUCUUUGAGAUGUGUUAAUAACUUAGAGGUACAUAACAGCAUUACAGCUGGGGUAUUUGAUUCAGCUGUGAAGCAAUGGGUUCAUAUGGUUUGCGGACUUUGGACCCCUGGAACAAGAUGCCCAAAUGUUGAUACUAUGAGUACUUUUGAUGUAUCUGGUGCUCCACAUUGUAAUGCGAUGUGUUCAAUUUGUAAUCGACCUGGUGGCUCCUGUAUACAGUGCAGGGUUGUCAACUGUUCUGUGCAGUUUCAUCCUUGGUGUGCUCACCGGGAGGGUCUGUUGCAAAGUGAGGUUGAAGGCAUUUAUAAUGAAAAUGUUGGUUUUUACGGAAGUUGUGUGCUUCAUGCAAGGGCUUCAAUGUCGGAGCCUGGCAGCGAUAUCACCUACAAUGAAGCAGGUUGUCCCAGAGAAAAGGAACCAAGCUGUGCCAGGACAGAGGGUUACAAGGGAUGCAAACGGGAUGGUUUCUGGCGUAAUUUCUACAAAAAAGAAACUGGUGGAUGCCUUGUUCCUCAGGAACAGUUGGAUGCUUGGACUUACAUCAAUAAGCUGAAGUCAUGUAUACAGGGCCUAAUAAAACCACCGGUCUCAGAUAUUGAGUACGAUUGUCGGAAAGAAUAUGCUCACUAUAAGCAAGCAAAAGGUUGGAAACAUUUGGUUGUUUACAAAUCUGGGAUUCAUGCUCUUGGUCUUUACACAUCUCGGUUCAUCUCCCGUGGUGAAAUGGUGGUAGAAUACGUUGGGGAAGUCGUGGGGGUUCGUGUGGCUGAUAAAAGAGAGAACGAUUAUCAAUCUGGAAGAAAACUUCAAUACAAGAGUGCUUGCUACUUCUUCAAGAUUGAUAAAGAACAUAUCAUUGAUGCAACGCGAAAAGGGGGUAUAGCGCGAUUUGUUAAUCAUUCUUGCCUGCCUAAUUGUAUUGCCAAAGUGAUUUCCAUGAAGACCGAGAGGAAGGUUGUGUUUUUUGCAGACAGGGACAUAUUUCCUGGUGAAGAAAUAACAUAUGACUACCAUUUUAACCAUGAAGAUGAAGGUAAGAAGAUCCCUUGUUUUUGCAGUUCAGAGAACUGUAGGCGCUAUUUGAAUUGAUGGUCUGAACGUUUGUAAAUGCAAUUUAAACACCAUCAAGUUUGGUCUUCAGUUUUUAGCUUCUGGCACUGAAUGAUGUCCAUUGACCAGUCUCUUUAAAUUUCUAUUUCCGUGCACAUAUAAUAUUUGAGUUCGAAGGA